AUGACUGAAUUUCAUGACAGUAUAGUAGAAAUUCAGCCCAAGAUUAUUGGUGGCAAUGAUGCAGAUAUCAGUAAAUUUACAUUUCAGGUACUAAUCCAAGUACACUAUAAUGGAUAUUAUAGUUAUUGCGGCGGAUCUCUCAUUAGUCCAAAUUGGAUACUAACUGCCGCCCAUUGUUUCUAUAAUAAACCAAAAGACAAUGUUAAAGUGAUUGCUGGACACACAAUGUUUUUCGACGGUGGUGUAACCAGACAGGCAGAUAAAGUCAUUAUAAAUGAUGAUUAUAAACAUGAUUUAAAAAUUGUUGCCGAUAUGGCACUCAUACAUGUUUCACAUCCAUUCAAGACUACUGACAAAAUUCGACCCGUUUUACUGUUUGACAAACAGAUUGCUUUGGGAACCUAUGCCUAUGUUAGCGGUUGGGGCGCAUAUUCACCCUAUAGUAAUGACCAAUCAAAUAGAUUACAAUUUUUGUAUGAGAAGACCAUCAGUUUGGAUGAAUGCAAACAAAUAUAUCCAGAAUUAGAAUUAUCAGAAAAUAAUGUUUGUGCCGGAAAUGGUUACAAAGGAACGUGUGGUGGUGAUUCUGGUGGUCCACUAGCAGUUAAUGGUAAUCUAAUUGGUGUGUUAUCUACCGGUCCCCGUCCCUGCGGUAACGGUAAUCCCGAUAUUUAUAUGAAUGUCUCAUCGUAUCGAUCGUGGAUCAGAGAUAAUACUGGAAUAUAG